AUGGCGAAGAGGAUACCGCUGUCAGAGGCUGACAAGGAUGUUCACCCUGUUGUGUUGGCAGUCGGCCAGCAGAUGGCCACCUUCACUUUGAGAGACAAUAUCGCACGGUUAAGAGCUACCCUGCUCGCAUUCAAGAAGGUUAUCGAAACAUACGAGAGCCCGCAAGGCCACGUAUUCUCACGGCACUUCGUUCCCCAUGUUCUCAACCCACAGAUAGAGUACCUCACAGAAUGCAGACCUAUGUGCUUUGCUAUGGGCAACGCUAUUAGGCUUCUGAAAGCUCGAGUUACAAAACUUGACCUUGAGAUCUCAGACGAGGAUGGUGCCAAGGAGCUGUUAGAGGCGGUCGACACUUUCAUACAAGAACGAAUUGUCUUCGCGGAAUAUGUCAUCGCGGCUAACGCAGCCGAGAUGAUCGUUGAUGGAGAUAUCAUCCUUACCUAUGGGCACCAGAGACUUGUCCGCCACGCCAUUCAAAAAGCUAGGGACGAGGGUAAGGAAUUUGAGGUUGCUAUCCUGGAUGACCCAUUUGACCAGACUGGACAAGAACUCGCCAAGAAACUUCGCAGCAUUGGCAUCAAGGUGACCUAUUAUCCCCAUCUGGGAGGAUUGAGGGUCAAUGUGAAGCGAGCAACAAAGGUUAUGAUCGGAGCUGAGGCGUUAUUUGCCAACGGUUCCGUAUACGGACCUGCGGGCACCUGUGAUAUCGGGAUGGCAGCUACCGAUCUUGGUGUACCUGUGGUUGCACUCUGUGAGACUAUCAACUUUGACCGUGACCGCAUUUCUACCGAGUCUCUCACCUACAACGAGAUAGACCCAGAGAGAAGCACAGAGGAUGCCUUUCGCCUCCUCUUUGACACAACACCGGAUCGGUAUAUUACGGCCGUGGUGACAGAGUAUGAGACGGGAAGCGGUAAUUCGCCUGCGACGGCAAUCCAGGCCAUUCUCAGAAAGCAGGAAGAUUCAAACUAA